AUGGAAUGCUUAAGAAACAACUUUCACAAUGGCGUUAUACUCGAUGGGAGAUUUCAAACAAUCUCCCCUCUUAAUCAUGGAUCCUUCGGGAUGGUCUUCAUGGCGAAGGACUUGCAAACUAACGAGCUCGUCGCCAUCAAAUGCUUAACCAAGAAGGGGGCUAGCAACGAUAUGGGGAUCGAGUUCGCCAUCGACGAGAAUUCCGAAGAGCUUCUUUGCCACCGUCGUCUUGGAGCGCAUCCAAACAUUGUCAACCUGGUUCACUCGUUCGAAACCGAUGCACACGUGUAUCUUGUUCUCGAAUACUGCUCGCGAGGAGAUCUCUAUGAGGCUAUUCGCACUGGAUAUGGUCCAUUGGAGACUGAGCACGUUCGUCGUUUCAUGCUCGAGUUGGUUGACGCCGUGGCAUACAUGCACUCGAAGGGUAUCUAUCAUCGAGACAUCAAGCCAGAGAACAUCUUCCUCGAUGAGUCAGGUUCGAUGAAGCUCGGUGACUUCGGUCUGGCCACUACGGACAAAUGGAGCUACGAGUCUACCGUUGGAAGUGACAGGUACAUGUCACCGGAGCAGUACGACUCAGCCGGAGCUGGAUACUCGCCAGCCCAGGCUGACAUUUGGGCAAUUGGCAUCUGCCUACUCAAUAUUCUUUUCUCUCGAAACCCUUUUACUUCUCCCACUGAGGCUGACCCUCUAUUUCUUGAUUUUUCACGCGACAAGCAAUCGCUUUUCGAUGUCUUUUCCACUAUGUCUCAGGAUACGUACGAAGUCAUCGUGCAUUGUAUGAAUCUGGACCCCAGCAAACGAUCUUUGGUCGGCGUUAGGAAUGCCCUUAACCGUGUCGUGAGCUUCACCACCCUUGAUGAGGCCCUUGACGACUUCUGCACGGCUGAGCACACUGCGAUUGCUACUGCCAAUCGUGAGCCGCUCCGUACUCCAUCUAUCCAGAGCCCUCAGAUCGACCAAGGUGCCUUCCCGUGGGCCAAGGCCCUGCAUGCGAGCCCGCCGAUGGCUAUUCGUCAACUCAGCGCUAUACCUGACAAUGAGAGCUACACCGAAGACCUAUUCUCCAAGUCGGCAGAGACUACAGAUUGGAUGUCGGGUUCGGCUCAGACACCCUCGAUUUCAUCUGUCCUAACUUCCAACUUAGCUGCAUCCAUGAACGCUCUUAACAUGUCGCGACCCAUGGCUGUACCUUCUCGCACUUCCGCUCGGGUCUCCCCAAUGUCUGGAUCCUUGCCCAUCACUAUGUCCAAGUCUAGGCCCACCCUCAGCGCUAUGUCCAUGGUGUUUGGCCGUCGAAAGGAUGUCGUGUCCAAGAGUUGGAGCGACAUGUGGGACGAGGAUGAGGAGGAAGAUGAAGAAGAGCGCUUUCGUCAAGUUCAAGCGAUUAAGGAGCUAAAUUCGAGGACUUGGAGUCAGGAGAGCAAGGAGGCUACCCGUACUCCUCGGCAGGAUCAGGCAUCCUUGCACCGGACGCCAGCGUCUGAUGAUGAGAAGCCAGUGGCUUCGCCUGUGAACGAUAGUAUUUCCAACGAUAUCGACGGAGAUUUGGUCGCGGAUGGAUUUUUCUUUCAUGAGCCCGUUGCUGUUGAACAGCCCCAGCAGUUCCCUGCUCGCUACUCGCCGCCGUCCAAGCGCAGCAAUGCGGAUAAAUGGGCGGCGCUAGGUGAACGGCGCCGGGCUUACACGGGUGCAUCGGAGCCCAAGUCGCCGGAUUUCAACAAGGCCCGACGACAACUUGGAUUCGGAUUUAAUAAUUUGCAAGGAGGAAUCACCUCCAUUGAUCACGCCACUCUGAACCAGCAAAACCACAAUCGAAAUCGGGACCGUGCCACAUCACGCGAGUGUCCGUGGAACAAGGGCCGAGACUGGAAUUGGCGUAAGGAGAGACGUCAUGAUUUCAGCGACGUGGAGUGGGUUGGCCACUGGCAGGAAGCUCACUGA